AAUCCCACGAAGCAAAAACCCAUGCAGAAAAUCAGAAUGCCAGUAUUUGUCAACAUUUUUUCGAAGCGCGCACUUUUUUAAGCCGAUAAUUGCGUGUUGAAAAACCUCACAUUAAUUAGUUCUCUGCGGAAAUUACGAUGGCAGAGGAUGAAGAUUUUGAGAUGGCCAAAACUUUGCAAGCACAGUUCGACCAAGAAUUGCUGGAAAUAAGCUCGGAUGACGACGUUUGCUUCGUCGGUUCCGUGGAACGGGAUCAUCAGCUGGCCGCGAAGCUGCAGGCAAAAUACGAAACUGAAGCCGUUCACCUUCUCUCCGAUAGCGACGACGAUAUUAUCAUUCAAGCUUCUUCCACUGGCUCCAGCGAGGUCCAGAAUCCCGUAAAAAGGGAAAUCAAAGAUGAAAACGGGUCAAACACCGAGGUGAAAGUCUUUCGGGCAGAGCCCGCCGAUCUGAAUGCUCGCGAAUACUUCAUCGAAGAGCUGCAAACUUGGGUAGAUCCUGAGUGCAACUUUGAGUGGAAGUUCAUCGAAGUGCUGCCGGACAUUCGGGCAUUAUUCGAUAAAUUUGACUCUCUGUACUUUCAAUCUCGCUUUAAAUCAAAAAACUUCAAUAUUGUUUGGUCCGAUACGAUGGGUUCGAGCUGCACCAACCGGAAUUUUAACGAUGAACACGGCAGAUACACAAUUGCAUUGAAUGCCCCGCUGCUGGCGCUGCGUCCUCGAAUAGAAAUCAUCAGUGUUAUUCUGCAUGAAAUGAUCCACGCGUUCCUGAAACUCGAGAAAAUCAUUGAACCCGACAACGGGCAUGGCGAUAAUUUUCGUAAAAUUAUGAUUUUUCUCAACAACAUGCUCCAGACAAACAUUUCCUUCAGCCAUAAGCUAUACAACACCAAUAUGCUCUGCCGGACGCAGUGGUAUCGGUGCACCGGCAUAUGCCACAACUACAAACCCUUUCAUGGCAUCGUCCGUUCGACGGAAGGUCCACCGUCACUGCACAACGAGUGGUGGAAGGACCAUUCUGAUAGUUGUGGUGGAACGUACUACAAAAUUUAUGAAAUGAGUAAAAUCAUCAACGAAGAAGUCUCAACGAGAUAUGCAGUGAACGUGAGGUAUAUGCUGCCGAAGCGUGAAAACAUCCGUGGACGCUUCAAGACGAAGCUCCCAAUUAAGGAAUCAUUUGAUCUUACUGCCGAUACACCGAGAUUGAUCUCUAGCUCGGAAAGUACGGAAGUGAUAACCGUGGAUGCCGCCGAUACUCAUUCGCAAGCCACGUCUAGUAGCUGUAAAGUGGCCGAUAACUUCAUAGCUCACUUCAAUCGCUCUAUAGCGUUCUCGCGCGACAGCUUCGAAAUGCAGUGCCCGAUUUGCCAGGAACGUGUAAAGCGAAAGUUAUUUGAUAACCACAUCGACGGCUGCAAAGGGUUCGUUAGAAAUGUUAGCUGGAAGCGCUCCAGCAAUGGAAAAAUUGUACAGAAUGGAUUGCUGGAGCUGAAAGCCACUCCUGGACUGGAUGCAUCCACACCUUCUCCGCCCUCUACAUCUUCGGCAUUCGGCAGCUAUCAGCAGAUCAAACGGAAACGCUUUGGAUAGAAAGGAAAGAUCGAGCGUGGUGCAUCUCUUUUACGCUACAGCAGUGGAGAAUAAACAAAAAUUUGUC